UUCACGCUGUAUAUAUCGCCCCGCAUCCGCUGUACUGGACUUCGUUGCCCUGUCAAGCGAGACGAUAAAGAUGGUGGCAAUUCUAACAUCAUUAUUGUUGCUACUCGCUGUCGUUGUCGUGGCUCUACCUAAAUUGCCUCAACCUUUUGGUAGGGAGGAAAUGCUAUCAGUAGCCGGAAAGGCAGUUGACGAGGUUUUGUCAACAAAGCCACAUACUCUCUGUUCUCUCAUCCUUCUCACAGAUGGCAACACCUCACCCAAUACUGUCUUCAUGGUAUUGGGUCAGCUGACGGCCCCCUGGGAUGUGGCGUUGUUCGAGGUGGCAGUGGACGGCCAGGACGCUAAUAUGACGGUGGCACAGCUCUCCCGGGUGGUCGACAAAGUUCGACGGCUGCGGCAGGUGUCAUGGUGCGUGACGGUGGUGGUGGUGAGUGACGACCCAGCCUUCCUCGCCGCCUUCGCCGAGUGGUCCCUCAAGGGCCGCCUCCUGGUGUGGACGACGAGGCUCCUCGUCGUCACCCGCCUGCAUCUCCCGGAGCUCCACCACCUCCACAAAACCCUCUCCAGGAUGAACGCCAUGUUGCUCAUACUGGAUGAUGGCGUAGGCUCCAAUGGGUGCAGUCUGUACGUGCAUAUGCCUUACAGCCCCCGGGGAGCCCAGGAGUUGAGGGUGGCCACCUGGACGCCCCACCGAGGCAUAACGCUCACAACCCACCUCUCGCUCUUUCCUGACAAGUUCACCAAACUUUUUCACGGACCAACGUUGGUAGUGGCAGGAGAGGAGUUUGAGCCUCAUAUUGCACUGGUUGAAAUAGUGGACAAAACAUUAUCUGAGACGCUGUUCACUGGCCCGAUGAUCAACUUGCUGGAUAUAAUCGCCGAAAGUAUGAACUUUACAUACAGGUAUGUACGUCCUCCUGACGGGUCGUGGGGAGUUAAGCAAGAGGAUGGUUCCUGGACGGGCAUGAUUGGUAUGGUGGGCAGACAGGAGGCGGAUUUCGGUCUAGGUCCCUUCGAUAUUAGCGCCACUCGAGCUGAGAUGGUGGACUUCACGACGGAGAUAUUAACAGAAACAGCGAGGAUCAUGGGAGGUCGAGGUCUGCCAGAGGUGGAUCCGUGGGGCUUCCUGCUGCCUAUGACGCCGCUGGUGUGGUUAUCAAUUUUGACGGCGCUGAUACUAGUACCUUUGGUCGUAUUCCUCUUGUCCUCGUGGGUUGGUCUGAGAACUACUAAUAAAGAUAUAUCGUCAUCGUCGUUAAAUAUGUUCGUCUCUUACAUACAAAUUUUUUUACAGCAAGCUGGUGCUGUGUCUCCUGACCCGUGGUGGGAGAGGACAGUGUUAGCCGUGUGGAUGAUAGCCAUGUUGGUGUUGACCAAGAGCUACGCCGGCAACCUCAUGUCCAACUUAGCUGUGAGAUACAUCCCUCAACCUUACCAGUCUCUCCGGGACGUGCUUGACGACCCCUCUGUCACCAUGAUAUGGGAGAUUGACACCUCUUACGUACAGUAUUUUGAGGCUAUGGAGUCGGGCAUAUUCCGGGAGGUUGCUGACUCGGAGAGAGAAGGCCGCAUCAUGUAUGUGCGUGGAGCUGAGUUUUCCACUUACAUGAACACACUUGUGAGCCGAGGUGAUCACGUAAUUAUAUCUGAGGACCGCUAUCAAAGGGUCCUCAAGGCUCAAGAAUUCACAAGCACAGGACGUUGCGAUUUUUACUCAUCCAAAGAGAGGGUUAUGCCUUUCAUGUCCGCCAUGGUUGGUCAGAAAGACAGUCCUCUGGUCCCAGUCAUAAGUGAAAGAAUCAAGUCAGUGACACAAGGAGGGCUCUAUGACCACUGGACUGAGGCUUACAUGCCCAACUCUACCUCAUGUGCAUAUCCUCCGACCAAGAUUACUGUCAACACCUCACUGUCCAUCCACAACCUUUGGGGUAUGUUUGUGGUGCUUUUCGGGGGACACUUUGUGAGUCUACUUGUCCUUAUCUUCGAACUUUUGAGUAUCAGGCAACUUCACAGCUGAAGUCUUCUGCAGAUGUCCUCAUAAGUACUUUAGGUUCUUUCAAGAAUUCAAUGUGCGAUG